GAGAUUUUUAGAUUCCAGUCGUCCAGCACCGUUCCCACCAUUCCGCGUAGAUUUGCUCUCAGAGAAGUGAAAGGUCGCCUGUCUUUUUGUGUUUUUUUUUGUUUAUCUUCUGAAGGAGUAAUAAUAGGUUUCACAGAAUUCCUGUUUUCUUAUUGGAGUGGUUUUGUUUCUAUUUGUUAGAGACAUUUGUACUUUAUCACUGAAGCAGCGUCACCGCUUUUGUCGGUUGGAAAAGAGUGCUUUUUAAACGGCUCACGCGACGCGACGCUCUGAGCUCAGGUACUGUCAGUGUUCAGUGCAUCUGCAGCACAAAAGAGUCGUUUACAGGAGUUCACUGCAGCACAGCUUUGGGAGUUUUCCAGCUCAACGUAAGCCCGUAUUACGUCAGUCAGAUUCUGUCUCUCACAGUGGAAAUGCACCUAUGCUGAAAAUUGUAGACCCCUCCAUGAUUUUUAAGUCUGUAAAGAUCAAGAAGAAAAAUGUCAUCAAAGAUGCAGAGCUCAAAUAACAUAGCACAGGCAAGAAGAAUCGUACAACAGUUACGGAUAGAGGCAAACAUUGAGAGAAUAAAGGUUUCUAAAGCCUCUGCAGACCUUAUGCAUUACUGCAGCGAGCACGCCAAGUACGAUCCCCUACUGAUGGGCAUCCCGGCCUCCGAAAACCCUUUUAAGGAUAAGAAGCCCUGCACUAUAUUGUAGUGGGAAACACUAAUCAUGUGCUCUUUGAUGCCUCCUUUUUUAUAGAGAGAAUAUUUUACCUUAAAGCAUUCAUACACUAGUCGCCUUAAAGUCAGCUAACCUCCUCAUUUUUGCUCGUCUUUUUUUUUCUGCCCUCCAGGCUAGAACAGGAGUUUACACUUGAAACAUAUUCACUGCUUUCACUUCUGUUCUAUUCAACAUAGACCAAAAACCUCUAAGUAAACAAGUUUUAUGGUGCAUUGGCAAAGCUUGGGAUAGGAUUUUCUUUUAACCCCACAAUUGAUUUCCAGAACUGAGAAGCUGUCUGCUGUGAUCAUACUAUCUGAUGUGGUCUAGAUCAGACCGUUUUGCAAAUAAAGAAAGAGGAAAAAAAAAGAUCUCAGUUGGGAAGUACCCAAACAAAGAGCUUUACUCAUCAAGGCCAAUUCCACCUCUUUGAUCAUCGCACCCUCUUAAUGUCUCAGUUCUGAUAAGCAAAGCCCUGCAGUAGUGCUCUGACUCUGUGUUAUAACAGUGUUCCCUGAAGCUAAAAAAAAAUUAGCCUUUCAUCAAUUUUCCAAAACAGGACAAAUUUUGUUAUUUUUCACUUUUAAUUCAUCGGGAAAGUGCAUUUACUCUGGCAGAUGAGACAAAAUGUAAUUAAAGUAUAAAACCAUCCAGUUACUAGUGCAGAACCUGCACUGCAGAACUAACACUGUUCCAAGUAGUAAUUAAUUAAGGCAACUGGACUUAUAGUUGAUAUUUUUUUAGCAUAAUGCAGUCUGCAUGUCUGAACCAUCACAGAUUCACCACAGAAGACAUACUUUUCCUCUAUUACUCCAGUAAGCAUUUUAUAAAAUAGCCAAAUACAGCAUGUCCAUAUUAGUGCCUUUAUACACUGGGCCAUACCUCUGAGUCAGACGCUUGUGACUACAUGCUUAGGAUAUAUACCAGUUUACAGAUGAGUAUUAUGACAGCUGAUAGCUAUGUGACAACCUUACGCUUAAUUUAUGCUUAACUUUGUUCUACAAGAUCUGUUGUUUUCAGCAAUGCUCUUUAUUAGAGUGUGUGACGUCAAUAAAUGUAAAUCAGCUGCGCUGUGAACACACCUGCUGAUUGCUGUUCAUGGACAUGCAUGUGAGUUUAAAGAGGAACAAGAAGUUACUGAAAAAGGAUUUGUUUAUAGUUGGUCUUAAAAAACAUUUAGACACAUCUUUACUAACUGACUGAUAAAUGAGGCCCUUUGGAAACAAACUGAUCAAAUACAUUUUGAGAUAAGGGGACAUGGUGUAAAAUAAAUUUGCUUCACCACUAUUUAACAUGGUGUGCAUGACCGAAAACCUUCAUAUCCAUCUGCAGGAAAGUUCAGGUGACUGAUAUAAAAGUUGUUUCUACACUCACUAGUCUGCUUCAAUCUCUUGCAGUUGACUAUUCUCUUGCAAAUGUAGGUCAGUACACAGUUUUAUAUUGUUCCAUUCUUAACUGGUUUGAAAAGUAAGCAAGGUUGAACCAAACAGGAUUAGGAAUACAGCACCAAAUAAGUAGCUCUACAUACUCAUAUAGGUUUAACUCAAGUCCAGUUGCUUUGUCUCAUUAAUACUAGACACUGAAAACGACCCAGAUGACUGGUAGCCUUUAGAGUCCUGUUGCUCAUUGUGGAGGAACCUGUGGCGUCACUCUGACGUAUUUCGUCCUCAAGAGUAGCAGCACUCCCUCUUUAGCUCUGCACAUGUGAACAAUAGAGGGCUUCACACAGGUCAGUGAAAGGUCAGCUCCUCUGUCAGAGCACUAAACCAACCAUGCUUUCUUUUCACCCUUGCCAAAACCCCACACAUUAGCUUUUCCAAAGUGCAGUGGAAAGCUCUCUUGUCUUUAGCGCACAGCAACACUAAAUGCAAUGCUGGAAGAAUGAGGGCAAACCAUCAUUACAAUCCAGUGGUAUUUCAGGAUGGAUUAAAAUUCAUAACCCUUGCCAAAAGCAUGUUUGAUAACAGAAAAACAUGAUCCUAAAUCUCCUGUCUACCCAGUUCUUGCCUAUACCUUAGAAAACCUUAGACCUUUGUUGUUGUCCUGUUUAUGGUAGAUACAGUAGCAAUAUAUAUGAUUGCAAAUCAUGGUACAUUAAUAUAUUGUAACCCUUUAAUGAUUAUAUGCCUUAUUUACAUGUAAAAGAUGCUUUUUGAUUAUUUGGAUUUCUAAUGAUAGUGUCUUCUUUUGAAUGAUCAAGUCUGUAACUUGUUUGUGCCAUUCUGUCAUGUCCAAUCUAGCCAGCAAAAGUAAUGUCUCUAGAGUCACUGCCAGUGCUUCUUUUUUUAUCCAUGUUGAGCAAACGUUAGGCAAAGAAUUCCUCUAGUGACUGUUAUUGUGAAUUUGAACAUUCCAUGUUUACAACUGCAGUUUAGGUGACAACCUUCCAUAAUGCCAUGCAGUUUUAAUGUGUGUAUGUGAGUGCAUUUUUUUUACAUAAAAAAAUAAUAAUGCUUAAUAUGUAUAUAUCAUUUGGCUGGCUAAAAACAAGUGAAGGCCUUAAAGUUUUUCUGCUUUCAUUCUUGCUUCUAUUUUACACCCUUAAGGGUUCCUUUACUGUGAGCUUGCAGCAUGCAGUCCUACACACUGUGCAUCACCAAUCCUCAGGACUAAUGGAUUAAAGCCUUUUGCCAAACGAAGAAAGAAAACUAUUUAGCACAACUGCUGACAUUGUUAACAAGAAUGGAAAUCCAGCAGCUCUCAAGAGUUUGUCAUGAUAAAUUCUGGGAUGGAAAAGUAAAAAAAAAAAUUAAUUAAGACUGUAGUCACAAAUGCAUGAAAUUCCAGUGACAGUAUGCCAACUACAGUAUAUACUAUAAUUGAAAUUACAUUCUUUAAUCACUAAGCAAUCUUGCACUGUCUAUUGAGCAGUGUUUUAUAGUAUUUCCCUCUAACGAGUAUUGAAUCAUUUUUGUUAAAGUGCCCUGAUGGUAAUAGUCCAACAUAUAAAUAUAGAUGUGUUCAUCCCUGAAGGUGAUUUUGUAUGGACCAAUGUGAUGACUCGCUCAAGCUUUUUGCCUUUUAAAGAAAAAGAUUGUUUGAAUAUGAAGUGCACUCAUUCUCGCCAUUUUGUGUAGAUUGUUCUGCUCAAAAGAAACUUUGACCUGUGAAAAACACCAGAGCUUGAUUGCGAAUUCUGAUGUUACAAAUGUCCUUUUCCAGUUAAAAUUAAAUGUAAUUUUAUUCACAACA